AUGGCCCAGAUCAAGUCUAGCAGCUCCAGCGGCUCCAUCACCGGCGGCGCAGGAGGAGCAAACAAGCGCAAGGCCGAGUCACGUGCAUAUGCGGCACGUGACCGGCCCGCAACGUCCCUUGCUGCCUCGCCUCGACCUCCAUCUUCAGACACAACAGCAACGGAGACACCAACCGAGUCCACCUCGCCUUCUCCCACCACGAGCCCCUUGGCCCCUGGCACUUCGUCAAUAGCAAUCCUGCCACCGGCUGAGGCUUUUUCCCAGGACAACACCAACCAUCCGUCCAGCACCAUGAAGACCGCCCGUCCCUAUCGCUCCCACAAAUAUCCAGCUUGUGCCCGGUGUCACAAACGGCGGUCUCGAUGCACUAUCGAAAUUCCGGGACAGGCCUGCUUGCUAUGUCGCAUGCACGGUGUACCCUGCUCUUCCGCCACCGCCAAAACGGAUGAGCGUGUCACGCCCAAGGUUGGCUUCGUCCAUCGUUCUUUGAUUACCGACGAUAAGUCUAUGGAAGGAUUUUCUCACAUUGUCGGUCCGGUUAUUGCACGCGACACCCAGAUUCUCGACCAAUACUUACCUCAAGCAAACGGGACUUCUGGUCAUGUUCCUAUCCAGCCGAGCCUCGGGAGACGAGAGUCGCAAAAAGCAAUUUAUCAUGUGCCUAUCCCGCCCAGGAGACCCAGUCCAACAGACUGCACUUGUGCCAGGAAUAUGCCAGCCGAACUGCUUGAGCAAGUGGAUCCUUUCCUCGACAAACUGUUGGCCAACUAUUUUGAACAUUUUCAUCCCUGCUAUCCGGUCACCGACGAAGAAUGUGUCAUGUCCCGACUGAAGGACAGAAGUCAGCUGCCCCAGACGUUCUUCGUCAACAUAAUAGCCUACGCCCUGUUCUACUGGGAUACUUCACCCGCACUGGCGGGGUAUGCCCGACCCGACCAGGACUUUGCCUGGCAGACGGCAGUCGCCGCAAAUAUCGCCGACAUGCAAAAAGGCGAUCUGGCUACCAUCGUGUCAACUUGCAUCGACAUCUCUGGGCGGCCCUCACGGUGCUUGGUAAAAAAUGUGGCCGAUGUUGCGCGGGCGGUCGCCUUGUCGCAUGCAAUUGGUCUCAAUCACGACUGUAGUGAGUGGAAGAUUGGUGAGAUGGAGAAGAAACUUCGGUGGAAGGCUUGGUGGGGAGUGGUGAUACAGGAUCGAUGGUUCAAUUUUGCUCAAGGAACGCCGCCCUAUAUCUCAAAGGGCCAUUAUGACGUCCCACUACCAACGGUGGAGUUGCUCACUCAGGGGAGAGGCGGAUCUGUGAAACACGUUCGCGCAGCUGAAGUCUACAUUCAUCUGUGUCGAUUGACAGAAAUUGUCGGGGAUGUCCUUCCCCUCAUCUACCAUAUACGGUCUGGAAAUGACAGCAUUGCUGCAGAGCAAACCUCGAGGUCAGAGAUUGAACUUAACCGCUGGAUGGAAAGCCGGCCCAGCUGGCUGAAUCUGAACGAUUUCAACAAUCGACCGCCUGUGCCUGGCUUGGUCAAUCUGCAGCUCUCAUAUCUCUCUGUGCGCAUGCUCCUACGACGCAUUGCGUGGCAUGAGAUUAGCCAACGAGAAAGCGAUCCGGCGUCAUCAUGGCUUCUUGGUUGCCAGGCUGCUGCAGAGGAUAUCGUGCGGUUCGUUGGUUCGUUGCACAAGCAGGACUUGAUGGGCUUUUGGCUACCCUACAAUGCUCAUCAUUUCACGUCCGCAGUGACUCUGCUUCUCCGGUGUGCGCUUCAGACAAGCUACUCGAAUGUCCGAACACAGUGCAUGGGAAGUGCCCGGACACUCGUGGACUGUUUGAGGGGCUUCCAAGAGGAGCAUCAAUGGGAUCUGGCAGAGACGGCAUUAUCGCAGAGUGAGACCGUGCUGAAGCGUAUCGAGGACGCACUGCCCAAAGCACCGAUUGUCGGAACUCCCCACUUGCCUACUGUAUCGAUGCGCGCCGAACCAACCGACACGCGUGGCUUCAUGGACGAGAACAUGCUUGGUGAUCCACUACCCGAGGAUGCGUUCAUUUCGCAACAAGGUCAAGGCUCAAUUGAGGAGCUUUUCCCCGAGAUCUUCUCGGAUUUUACGGAUACCGCAUUGUUCGCCAGCUCGACCCACAAUGAAUACGCCGAAUGA